GCUGCAGGUGGAGGUGCUGUUUGCUGGUGUGGAGCUCCUGAAAGUCUCAAUGAAGCUGUUUAAGUGUCUGUUUGGCGUGUUGGUGCUGCUGGCUUGCGCUGUUACUGCCCAAAGUCACAGGAAGCAGCCCCUUUCUUCCCAGCAGCCUCAGCAACUGAAGGGCCCUCCAUCUGAGAUUCCCUUUGAAAAAUGCCAGGUGGAGGACGAUGACAAGAUCCAGUGUGGGACUCCUGAGAUCUCCGCUGAGCAGUGCGAAUACAUAAACUGCUGCUUCAAUGAGCAGCAGUGCUACUAUGGCAACGCAGUGACCCUGCAGUGCACCCGGGACGGGCAGUUCGUGGUGGUUCUGGCCCGCCGGGCCACUCUGCCCAACGUCGACGUGAACUCCGUGACGCUGCUGGAGACCGACGACCCCUCGUGUCGACCGGCGGGCGAAACCGCCGCGUUUGUCAUCUUCCAGUUUCCUGUGACUGCGUGCGGUACAACCGUGAAGGAGGACGACCGUUAUGUGGAGUACCAGAACCACAUGUCGUCCUCAUUCGAAGUAGGAGUUGGCCCCGGGGGCUCCAUCACCAGGGACAGCCAUUUUGAGCUGCUGUUCCAGUGCAGGUACUCCAGCGCCGGCGUGCAGGCUCUCGUCUUGGAGGUGGACGACGUUCCUCCCCCGAAGCCGGCGGCUCAUGCCGGACCCCUCAGGGUGGAGCUCCGCCUAGGCAGCGGGCGGUGCUACUCCAAAGGCUGCGUCACGGAGGAGGCGGCGUACGGAUCCUUCUACGCGCCGGGAGACUACCCGCUCACCAAGGUGCUCCGGGAACCCGUGUACGUGGAGGUGCGACUGCUGGAGCGGACCGACCCGAACAUCGUCCUGACCCUGGAGCACUGCUGGGCCACGGCCAGCCCGGACCCCCUCAGCCAGCCACACUGGGACCUGCUAUUUGACGGGUGUCCCUAUGACGAGGACCGGUUCCUGACCACGGUGGUGCCGGUGGACGACGCCUCCGGCCUCCUCUACCCCUCGCACUACAAACGUUUCAUCAUCCGAAUGUUUGCCUUUGUGGAUCCGAACACCUUUAUUCCUCAGAGAGACACGGUGUUCAUCCACUGCGCCACGGCGGUGUGUUACCCCACCAGCACCAGCUCCUGUGAGCGUCCGUGCCGCCGGGAACGCAGAGCAGCAGCGGUAGCGGCAGCGACCGAAGUUUCCUCCAACCGGAGGGCCGUCGUCUCGAGCCAAGAGGUCGUCGUGCAAGAGCCGAGCGUCUCGUCAAAUACAUGACCACUCGCUGGCAGCUGUGUGACUUUUUAUUAAAAGCUCGUGCUUACAACG